AUGCGGACACUGAGGCCCGCGGGCGGUCGCCCGUGCCGCUUCCGUCAGGCGCUCAGCGCGGCCGCUGUCGCAGUGCCCCCUCAGGGACCCGAGAGCCCCCGCCCCCCUCCAGAGGGAGGGCCCAGCGCCUUCGGGGCUCCGGACCCGCAGGGGCGCGGCGGCCUGGCUCUCCUGCAGCGAGAGGGCUCGCGGAGGGCCUGCGGGCGCCCCGGCGCCACCCGGCCGUGUGUGACGGGUCUGCCCCGCCUGGGGGCUCUGCGUCCCGCAGAGGAAGAUCUGCUUGCCUCGCAGGAGAGGAGCGUCGAGGAGCACGAAGCCGGGAGGGUGGUCGCUUGCCCGCCGGGACCCCUCGCAGGACCCGCCCGACCCGGCCCGGCAGGGGGGGGCAGGUCUCCCUCAAGACACUGCCCCCCAGACACUGGCCCUCCUGGGACACUGUCCCCAUCCCCCAACACCAUCCCCCAGGGACAUGGUCCCCUGGACCCCAGUCCCCGCCGCUCUCUAGGGUCCGUGGUGGAGGCGCGCCCCUCAGUCUCCGCAGCCCCACCCUGCGGGGACCCGCCCCCGGGGAGCCCAUUCCCCUUGCGUCGCCUUAAACCUCGGCAGCCCCGAUGGCCGCUUCACAAGGACCUCGGGGCCCCCAACUGUGCUCGUGCUACCGAGGAGGACCCCGAGCUGCGGCGCCGUGCCCUGCUGGCCGGCUCUCUCCGCCAGGCUGCUGGGCCUGCCUUGCCAGUCCCACCCGGGUGCCUGUCGCCGGAAUGCUUUGGGAUCCCCUCCGGAAACAGUCAAGGGGACACCGGGGUGCCACAGCCCGGGGCCGGGGUCCGCCGCUGCUCUCCUGCCCCGGGGGUGUGUUCUGAAAACCGCCUCAGAGAACCCAUGGAGAGCGGGCUUCCCGAUGGUCUCAGUCUGAGCGCCCCUCCCUUGCGGACGCACCUCCAGCUGGCCCGGAUGGCGAGGCCACGAGUGUUUGCAAACUCGGGACCUCCCCGGAGUCUCCUGAGGCUUCGGGACCGGGUUGCAGACAAGCUGACCCAGGGGGCAGGAGACACAGGGCUUUUCCUGGGUGUCCCCUAG